AUGUUGUACCCAUUGUUCCUCGUCGUGGUUCUGUUUUCUUCUUCCACGCACUCUCUCAACCAAGAAGGUCUUUUCCUCCUUCAAGCUAAACUUCAACUUUCUGACCCUUCAGAUUCCCUCUCCACCUGGAACCACCGCGACCCCACUCCCUGCAACUGGACCGGCAUCCUCUGCAACAACCUCACCUCCUCCGUCACCUCCAUCAACCUCCCUAACUCCAACCUCUCCGGUCCCUUCCCCACUUCCCUCUGCCGUCUCUCUUCUCUCUCCUCCCUCUCUCUCCCCAACAACAACCUCAACUCAUCCCUCCCCUCCACCAUCUCUACCUGCACCACUCUCCGCCAUCUCAACCUCUCCCAAAACCUCCUCUCCGGUCAACUCCCUUCCACUCUCUCCAACCUCCCCUUCCUCCAAAUCCUCGAUCUCUCCUUCAACAACUUCUCCGGCAACAUCCCUCUAACCUUCGCCAACUUCAGCCAUUUCCAACAACUCCAAACUCUCUCCCUCGUUAACAACCUCUUCACCGGAACAAUCCCUUCCUCUCUAAGCAACAUCUCAUCUCUCAAACAACUUCACCUCGCUUACAAUACCUUCCUCUCUGAAUCUCCAAUCCCAACCGAAUUCGGAAAACUCAUCAACCUUGAAACUCUAUGGCUCUCCGGUUGCAACCUUGUCGGUCCCAUUCCCGUUUCUCUUCGUAAACUCGUUAAUCUCAAGAACCUCGACUUAUCGCAGAACAUGCUCAACGGAACUAUACCGGAAUCUGUGAUAUCCGGUUUAACCAGCAUUGUUCAAAUCGAGCUUUACCAGAACUCUUUCUCCGGCGAGUUACCGCAUAUUGGUGUAUCAAACUUGACUCGGUUGGAGCGUUUGGAUGCUUCGGAUAACGACUUGACCGGGACGAUUCCGGCCGAGUUGUGUCGUUUGAAGAAUCUCGGGUCUCUUAAUUUGUACAAUAAUCGACUCGAGGGUUCUCUGCCGGAGAGUUUAGCUUCAUCGGAGAGUUUAUACGUGCUUCUUUUGUUCAACAACUCACUCUCCGGGAAUUUACCAACUGGUUUAGGGAGCAAGUCGAGGUUACAGAUGCUUGAUGUUUCGUUUAAUCGAUUCACCGGCGAGAUUCCGGGGAAUCUUUGCCGUCAAGGAACGUUGCAGGAGUUGUUGAUGAUUCACAAUUCGUUUUCCGGGGAAAUUCCGGAGAGUCUUGGAAACUGUUUGAGCUUAACUAGGGUUAGGCUUGGGAACAAUAAUCUCUCUGGUGUUGUUCCUUCUGGUCUUUGGGGUUUGCCCCAUGUGUAUCUACUUGAGCUCGUUGAGAAUUCUCUUUCUGGGUCAAUUUCUAAUGCAAUUUCAAGAGCAAGUAAUCUUUCAGUUUUGUUGAUUUCAGGGAAUAGGUUUAACGGGUCGAUUCCCGAUUCAAUCGGGUCGUUGAAUAAUCUUGGAGUGUUUGUUGCUAGCAGGAAUAGUCUUACCGGUCGGAUUCCGAGCAGUAUGGUUAAGUUAAACCAGUUGGGCAGGCUUGUUCUUAGAGAUAAUCAAUUUUCUGGUGAGAUACCUCAUGGGGUUGGUGAUUGGAAGAAGCUCAAUGAGCUUGAUUUGGCAAAUAAUAGGUUUGUUGGUAAUAUUCCAAGUGAAUUAGGAACCUUGCCGGGGCUUAAUUUUCUUGAUCUUUCGGGUAAUUUACUUUCUGGUGAAAUUCCAAUGGAGCUGCAAAAUUUGAAGCUUAAUUUUUUUAAUCUGUCUAAUAACCAGUUAUCAGGGAAAAUUCCGCCUCUUUAUGCUAAUGCGAAUUUUAAGGAUAGUUUUGUAGGAAAUACUGGCCUAUGCCGCGAUAUCUCUGAAUUGUGUCCGAAUUUUGGUGAGAAGAGUAAGAAUAAGAACUUUGUAUGGGUUUUCAGGUUAAUAUUUGUACUUGCUGGUGUUGUGUUAAUUGUCGGGGUGGCGUGGUUUUACUUCAAAUUCCGGAAUUUCAAGAAGACGAAGAAAGGAUUUCAUUUGUCGAAAUGGAGGUCAUUUCAUAAAAUAGGGUUUAGUAAGUUCGAGAUAGUUAAAUUGAUGAGUGAAGAUAACGUGAUAGGGAGUGGAUCGUCUGGGAAGGUUUACAAAGUGGUGUUGAGUAACGGAGAGACAGUUGCGGUGAAGAAAUUGUGGGGAGCAAAGAAGACAGAAAAUGGAAAUGCCGGUGAUCCUGAAAAGGAUGGAUUUGAAGUUGAAGUUGAAACAUUGGGAAAUAUUAGGCACAAGAAUAUCGUAAGGUUAUGGUGUUGUUAUAACAAUGGUGAUAGUAAGCUUCUUGUUUACGAGUACAUGCCAAAUGGAAGCAUUGCUGAUUUUUUGCAUAGUAGCAAGAAAAGGUUCUUGGAUUGGUCAACUAGACUUAAAAUCGCUAUCGAUGCGGCCGAAGGACUCUCUUACUUGCAUCAUGAUUGUGUUGUUCCUAUUGUUCAUAGAGAUGUAAAAUCUAGUAACAUUUUGCUUGAUGAAGAAUUUGGUGCAAAAAUUGCUGAUUUUGGAGUUGCGAAAUUUGUUAGAGGUGUCAGCAAUGGGAAAGAAGAACCCAUGUCUAUGAUUGCAGGAUCUUAUGGUUACAUUGCACCAGAAUAUGCUUAUACUCUAAGGGUGAAUGAAAAGAGUGACAUUUAUAGUUUCGGUGUAGUGAUUUUGGAGUUGGUAACUGGAAAACAACCUAUUGAUCAAGAGUAUGGAGAAAAAGAUUUGGUAAAAUGGGUUUCUUCGAAAUUGAACGAGGAAGAACUGGAUCAAGUGAUUGAUCCAACUCUUGAUUAUUCAAAAUACAAGGAAGAAAUAAACAAAGUACUCAAGCUGGGAAUUCUUUGCACAAGCUCUCUUCCUAUAAACCGUCCUUCAAUGAGAAGUGUGGUGAGAAUGCUGCAGGAAGUAACAUCAGUUGCCAAAUCCAGAAGUGGAAGAUUCUCUCCUUACUAUCAAGAAGUAGUCUCUGAUAAUGAUCAUUAG